AUGGUUUUAAAACAGAAUACGGUCAACUCGAGAAAUGUGCAAGCUUUCGUGCUGCCGAGCACGCCGCCGAAGAAAACCCGACAGUUCGACCGGCCCGUCGUGUCGCCCCGACUGGAGACUUCGGGCGCGCUCGGGGUCCCGAUCUAUCCCGACAGCGGCUCGGACUCGUCGUCACCUCCGUCGAGAAGGUCCUCCACGGAAGGUCCUCAAAACAGUAUGUUCUCGUUGGGCACGAUAGAUCCCGAUCUCUACAAGGCGACUCAGGACGACUCGGAGACGAACUUUCCCGAAGACCACCUCGGGAGGGUGUGGUUCGCCCUGGAGUACCAGCGGGAGGCUGAGCGCUUAUUGGUCAGCCUCAUCAAGAUCAAGAAUCUCCCCAGCCGCACGGCAGGAAGCUCCAACGCCUGCGAUCCCUUCGUCAAGAUCUUCCUGUUGCCAGACGAGAGGAGAUUCGUGCAGUCCAAGUUCAAGAGGAAGACCACAAACCCGAAGUUCGACGAGAGCUUCGUCUUUCAGGUGUCGUACAAAGCUCUACAGACACGCACGCUCCGACUCACCGUGUAUGACGUGGACCGUCACAAGAAGCACAGGACGCUGGGAAACGUGCUGUACCCCUUCAAGGACUUCGACUACGACGACGGACAGAAGAUUGUGCUGUGGAAAGACCUGGAGGAAAAAUCCAACAUGGAAACGUCAGACCUGGGUGAGGUGCAGUUCUCCCUCACCUACAACAAUCACCUGGAGCGGCUCACGGUGGUCGUGCUCAGAGCGAGGGGCAUCAAGAAACCCACAGGGAUGGCUGCAGUAGACACUUGCGCACGUGUGACCCUGAUGAACAGUAAUCACGUGCUGAAGACAAAGAAAACCAACGUAGUCACCAACAGCAGCGACCCUCUGUACAACGAGAGCUUCAACUUCAAGCUAAGCCCCACGCAACUCGAUACAUCCAGCUUGAGCGUCGCCAUACUACAGGUCACUCCCGGAGACGAAGGAUACGAACGCCAAGUUGGGCGUGUAGUGGUCGGGCCGUUCAUGUAUGCCCGAGGGAAGGAGCUCGAACACUGGACAGAGAUGGUCAACAACCAGAAGGACAUGGUCAAAAGAUGGCAUGCUCUCACACAGGAAACGUCAGACCUGGGUGAGGUGCAGUUCUCCCUCACCUACAACAAUCACCUGGAGCGGCUCACGGUGGUCGUGCUCAGAGCGAGGGGCAUCAAGAAACCCACAGGGAUGGCUGCAGUAGACACCUGCGCACGUGUGACCCUGAUGAAUAGUAACCACGUGCUGAAGACAAAGAAAACCAACGUAGUCACCAACAGCAGCGACCCUCUGUACAACGAGAGCUUCAACUUCAAGCUAGGCCCCACGCAACUCGAUACAUCCAGCUUGAGCGUCGCCAUACUACAGGUCACUCCAGGAGACGAAGGAUACGAACGCCAAGUUGGGCGUGUAGUGGUCGGGCCGUUCAUGUACGCCCGAGGGAAGGAGCUCGAACACUGGACAGAGAUGGUCAACAACCAGAAGGACAUGGUCAAAAGAUGGCAUGCUCUCACACAGUGACGUCACUCAGUCCCAGUUCUCGCGAGGGUAGACGAGAACAUCGGCACUUCUCGCGAGGGUUGAGAAAAACAUCGGAACCUCGCGAGAUUUUGAGAUUCAUGUACCUAAUAUCCUUAUAAGGAUUCUAAGAAAAGAUAUAUACUUAGUGAAUGGGGGAGUAUCUCCCGCCAAAAAUGUUAAGGAUUCAUAAACGUUUGUGUUGUUGUUGUUUUCAUAAUGCAAAACGUUGAAAGACGGUUCAGACAAAUUUUAAGUAUAAAAAGCAGGCUCUGCCCAUGAGGCGUAGCCAAAAAUAGGGUUUACCUAGAUGGUAGGCGUGCAACUAUGUACUGUUUGUCUUAUGCUCAGAAUAUUGUUAAGUACCUACAAUCUGUUGUGUAUUUGUGGAUAUGCAUGUUUUUUCGUCACACACUAUAAACUAUUGAAAAAGUACAUAUUAGAUGUUUAACUGUGAAAAGAAUGAUAUAGUCGUACAAAUGUUGUUGCUCGAAAGAAAAAGAGUUCUUGAAGCUGUAGGUUUCUUGGUGAUGAUAGAUAGAUAGAUAGAAUGCCUUAUAUGAUACUAAGAACAAAACGUGAUACUCGAAACUGUCAGGACGUCACGCCUAUACUCGUGCCUGUGUCACCGAAUUCUAGUCUUGAAAAGUUUGAAAACGACCGAUUGAACGGUUUUGCUGUGUGUGUUAAAAUCGCUAGACGGAGCUGCUGCUGGUUAUCACGAGAUGCAAUUAAAUGCUGCCUGGCCAGUUAGACUAACAGACAUGUCAA